ACGCGAAAACAAUUGGUAUAGUAUAAUACGUAGAAUGAUAGAACUUUUGUAAUAGUUAGAGAAAAACAAAAUGGAGAUGGAGCAGCUGCGAAGUAUGGGUUUCUCAAGCGAUGAGGCGGAGGAAGCUUUAGCGGCAACCGGCGGCAGAUCAACCUUAAAAGCAACGGAGUGGCUUUUGUCUCAUAGUAUUAAUAAUAAAUCAUACUCUUCGUCGAACCGUAAGCCAUAUUCUCCCCAGCAGCCAAAGCUGGACCGCUUUUUCCAGUCUAAAUCAAAGCCUCCGACAGCACUUACUACUGCACAACAACAACUAGAAGAAGAAGUGUGUGAUACUAAUAAGCGCCCUAGAAUAACUAUCCAUAGACAACAGCAUGUACCCUUAUCAGAACGUAUGCGCCCUCUGACCGUGGACGAUGUCGUCGGGCAAGAUCAUCUUCUGGCUCCCAACUCUAUUCUCCGCUCCGCCAUCGAUUGCAGCCGCCUCCCUUCCCUCAUUCUAUGGGGUCCACCUGGCACUGGUAAGACCUCCCUCGCUAAAGCCAUUGCCAAUUCGUUUUCUUCUGCUGCCUACAAAUUGGUCUGUUUGUCUGCCGUCACUUGUGGGGUUAAGGAUGUUAGGCAUGCAGUUGAUAAUGCUAAGAGGAAGCCAACCGUGUUGUUUGUCGAUGAGGUUCAUAGGUUUAACAAGUCCCAGCAGGACUGUUUCUUGCCCAUCAUCGAAGAUGGUAGCAUUGUAUUGAUAGGCGCUACCACUGAGAACCCCUCCUUCCAUUUGAUUACCCCUCUCCUCUCCCGUUGUACUCUUCUUACUCUUUCUCCUUUAUCCCCUCAUCAUCUGCAUUCCCUUCUUACCCGCGCUAUUCGUGAUUUCGAUAGGGGACUCCCUGCAUCUUUAGGAUUUGAAGUCCUCGUCUCUGACGAUGCUCUUCAUUUUUUAUCUCAUCAUUGUGAUGGUGAUGCCCGUGUUGCUUUGAAUGCCUUGGAAAUUGCUGCUACCGCUGCAGCUGCUCGAUUAAAGUUACUCCAUAACUCUCCUGUGGUGCUUAAUGUCUCCUUAGAUGACGCGAAGGAGGCCCUUCAGUCCAAGCAUCUUGCUUAUGACAGAGCAGGGGAUGAGCACUACAAUUUGAUCAGUGCCCUUCACAAGUCUAUGAGAGGGAGUGAUGCCGAUGCUUCCAUUUACUGGCUAGCGCGCAUGCUUGAAGGAGGCGAACAACCUCUCUAUAUUGCUCGGCGUUUGAUUAGGUUUGCUAGUGAGGACGUUGGCCUGGCUGACCCCUUGGCCCUUAACCAGGCUGUUGCUUGCUACCAAGCUUGCCAUUUCUUGGGCAUGCCCGAGUCUGAUGUCGUACUUGCUCAGUGUGUUUCUUAUUUGGCUUUGGCACCUAAAUCCAUAUCUGUUUAUCGAGCCAUACAGGCUGCACAAAAGCUUGUCAGGGGUUCAGGUGGACAAAAUGAGGGAGUGCCGCUGCACUUGAGAAAUGCUUCUACUAGGCUCAUGAAAGACCUUGGCUAUGGGAAAGACUACAUCUAUACUCCUGAUAGUACGUCAUCAACACAAAAUUAUCUACCUUCCUCACUUCAGGGCUACAAGUUCCUACAUUGGCCACACAGUGAUGGACAUGAAACCAUUUGAUCACUAGUACAACUUUUGAUCUCUCAUAGAUGAUGCUCAUUAGUAGCAUUUUACAUAAUAUCUCCCCUGUUCAAUAACCUUUUAUUUUUUCCUCUUUUUGGUUAAAUGUUUUAAUACGCAUCUUGCUUUUGGGAAA